UCGGUUCCGGGUUUGUGGCCCCGGUUCCCGGACCGGGCUGGGCUCUCGGGCCGCCCCGGCCUCGCGCAGCACCCCUCGGGUGCCGGGCUCCUCGGACCCGCCCCAGCGGGCCCCCCUCGCCCUCCGCGGGCCCGCCGGUGCUGGCCUCGGGACCCAGCCCCCCUCGCCCUCCGCCGGGGCGCCGGCCCUCGCUGCCCCAUGGAGUCCCAGUGCGACUACUCGAUGUAUUUUCCGGCGGUGCCGUUGCCGCCUCGCGCCGAGCUGACGGGGGACCCGGGCCGGUACCGGGCGCUGCCCCGGCGGAACCAUCUGUACCUGGGGGAGACUGUCCGCUUUCUGCUGGUGCUGCGCUGCCGGGGCGGCGCGGGGUCCGGUGCCGGGGGCGGCGUGGGCUUGGGCUCCCGAGGGGCCUGGGCAGAACUGGCCACCACCUUGGCUGCCCUGGCCUCGGUCAGCGCCGGCGGCGGGGCUCCCGGGGUCGGUGGCACUGGCGACUCGGAUCCCGAACCCCCAGGAGGGGUUGGGGACCCAGGAGGUGGGGGCUUGUUCCGAGGCUGCAGCCCCCUUCUGACCCACGGCCCGGGCCCUGCUACCUCAGGGGGAGCGACCACGCUGCCUAUGGAGGAACCAAUAGUCUCCACGGAUGAGGUCAUCUUCCCACUCACUGUUUCACUGGACAGACUGCCCCCAGGGACACCCAAGGCCAAGAUUGUAGUGACCGUGUGGAAGCGGGAGGUCGAGGCACCUGAGGUCAGAGAUCAAGGCUACCUGCGCUUGCUGCAGACGCGAUCUCCUGGGGAGACCUUCCGAGGAGAGCAGAGUGCUUUCAAGGCCCAAGUGAGCACCCUGCUGACUCUGCUGCCCCCGCCCAUUCUGAAAUGCCGGCAGUUCACUGUGGCCGGCAAACACCUGACUGUACUCAAAGUGCUGAACAGCUCCUCCCAGGAGGAAAUCUCCAUCCGGGAUAUCCGAAUCCUCCCGAACUUCAAUGCCAGCUACCUACCUGUCAUGCCAGACGGCUCUGUGCUGCUGGUGGACAACGUCUGUCACCAGGCUGGAGAGGUCUCCAUGGGCUCCUUCUGCCGGCUCCCCGGCACCUCUGGCUGCUUCCCCUGCCCGCUGAGUGCCCUGGAGGAACACAACUUCCUGUUUCAGCUGAGAGGGGGUGAGCAGCCCCCUCCAGGAGCCAAGGAGGGCCUGGAAGUACCCCUGAUCGCUGUGGUGCAGUGGUCCACCCCGAAGCUGCCCUUUACCCAGAGUAUCUACACCCAUUACCGCCUGCCCAGUAUCCGCCUGGACCGCCCGUGCUUUGUGAUGACCGCUUCUUGCGAGUCUCCCAUCCGGACCUACGAGCGGUUCACGGUCACCUACACGCUGCUCAACAAUCUCCAGGACUUCCUCGCUGUGAGGCUCGUGUGGACCCCCGAGCACGCUCAGGCCGGGAAGCAGCUGUGUGAGGAGGAACGCCGGGCCAUGCAGGCAGCUCUGGACUCCAUCGUCUGCCACACGCCCCUGAACAACCUUGGCUUUUCUCGGAAGGGCAGUGCCCUCACCUUCCGCGUGGCCUUCCAGGCUCUCAGGACCGGGCUCUUCGAGCUGAGCCAACACAUGAAACUGAAGCUACAGUUCACAGCCAGCGUCUCUCACCCUCCGCCCGAGGCCCGGCCCCUCUCUCGAAAGAGCAGCCCCAGCAGCCCUGCCGUGCGGGACCUAGUGGAGAGGCACCAGGCGAGCCUGGGCCGCUCCCAGUCCUUCUCCCACCAACAGCCCUCCCGCAGCCACCUCAUGAGGUCUGGCAGUGUAAUGGAACGCAGGGCCAUCACGCCCCCUGUGGCCUCACCUGUGGGCCGUCCCCUCUACCUGCCCCCGGAGAAGGCAGUGCUCUCACUGGACAAGAUCGCCAAACGCGAGUGCAAGGUCUUGGUGGUGGAGCCCGUCAAAUAGCACGGGGCCUGCUCCCUGCCUCCCUCCACUCCUCGAACCAGAAACUGCAGAAAGGAUCUUCCCCUCCCUCCCAGACUGCUACCUCCCCCAGAGGGUGAAGAGGCCCCACAGGCCUGUCUGUCUGUCUGUGUCUGCUGAUGAGAAGCUGUGAAUUGGGUGGGUAUGACUGCAGCACAUGUCAACAGUAUUCCCCCCGAUACCCCCAGCAAGUUCCUGUGGGGGUGGCUGGUCCCACCCCCAGGCCAGGGCAAAGGCUCCAAGAGCUGCCUUACCCCCCUCAGGCCCUUCGAAGUUUACAAAGUGUUGUCCUCAUUCCUCUUGAGUUGUGUUUCCCUGCCUCUGAAGUUCCCUCCCACCCAGCUGCAGGGCUGAGCUGAGAAGGUGGUGGUGGGAAAGAAGCCUCAGACCGUGCCCCUUCCCUCUUGGGGGCCGGGGAGACAGCUAGCGACCUCCACCUACCCCUCAUGUUUACGUUUGCAGCCUGAAGCACUUUAUGUUGUGUGUUUUACAUUUUUUUUGGUCUUGUCCUGUAAAUUAUUCUCCUUCUACUGCUUCCAAUGGAAUUAAAAGACUAUUCAAUGCCUGUCCAGGAGGAA